AUGGACGCCAAGCAGAUCAAGCGCGAGGAAAAGGUUCUGGCCAAGGAGGCCAAGGCUGACGACAAGCAGCUCAAGUCUGCCCAGAAGUCUUUCGAGAAGGACAAGAAGAAGGAUGCCAAGCUUCUCAAGGCGCACGCUAAGGCCGAGAAGGAGCACCAGAAGGCGAUCAAGAAGGAGCACAAGCUGCAAGCCAAGCUAGAGAAGCAGCAGGCCAAGUACAACGAGUCUGUUCGCACCCUGGAGGAGAAGAAGAUGAAGGUCGAGAACGCCAACAAGGCGCUCAACGAGCACCGCGGCAAGCUGCAGAACACCGAGCAGCACCUUGCUUCCGCCCAGCACAACAAGGCUACUGGCGAGACCGAGCGUCACCGCCACAAGGAGGCACUUGCUGCCAACGGUAGCGCUCCUGUGACCAGCACCCCUGCUGCCCAGACUACCGCUACGUCAGUGACGGCUAACCCCGCGGCCAACACGGUGCCUGCCACCAACACCUCCCAGCCCAUCGCCCCCGCUUCGGCCUACGGCUCCACCCCUGCCGCCAACACUGGAUACGCUGCCCCCGCCAACAACGCCUACGCCGCUCCCGCUACCACUGGUGCCUACACCGCCCCGGCCGUCGGCGCCCACUAA